GGUGGUGGUUUCGCUUAGUGUCUGAGCAGCCUUGGAUUGUCUUGUGUGCUGUGCUCUUCUGUCCUGCCGCUGGAUGCUGUGGAGCGUGCGCAGGCAAGCUCCGAAGCUGCAACAUGGAUGCAUUGACCUAUGAUGAUGUGCAUGUGAACUUCACUCGAGAAGAAUGGGUGUUGCUGAGUCCUCCACAGAAGAAUCUCUACAAAGAUAUGAUGCUGGAGACCUACUGGAACCUCAAUGCUGUAGGCUACAAUUGGGAAGACCUUACUAUUGAAGAACAUUGUCCAAGUUCCAGAAGACAUGGAAGGCAUGAAAGAAGUCCCACUCGAGUGAAACCAUCUGAACGUAUUCCUUAUAGGGAUGGCUUUGUACAUCACAGUAGUCUCCAAAUGCAUAAAGUAAUACAUACUGGAAAGAAACACUACAAAUGUAACCAAUGUGAUAAAGCCUUUUCUCAACCCAGUACUCUCCGAGUACAUAAAAGGACACAUACUGGAGAGAAACCUUAUGAAUGUGAUCAAUGUGGUAAAGCCUUUGCACAACAGUCUCAUCUCAAAGUGCAUAUAGUAACACAUACCGGUGAGAAACCUUACAAAUGUGAUCAAUGUGGUAAAGCCUUUGCAGUGGAUAAUAGUCUCCAAAUACAUAAAAGGACCCAUUCAGGAGAGAAACCUUAUGAAUGUGGUCAAUGCGGUAAAGCCUUUGCACAGAAGUCUCAUCUCAAAGUGCAUAUAGUAACGCAUACUGGUGAGAAACCUUAUGAAUGUAAUUGCUGUGGUAAAUCCUUUGCACUUCGUUCUCAUCUCCAAGUACAUAAGAGAAUACAUACUGGAGAGAAACCUUACAAAUGUGUUCAAUGUGGUAAAGCCUUUGGGGGUCAGAAUGUUCUUAAAAAACAUGAAAGAAUUCAUACUGGAGAGAAACCUUACAAAUGUAAUCAGUGUGGCAAAGCCUUUGCAUAUCAAUGUACUUUACAAGGACAUAAAAGAUUACAUACUGGAGAGAAAUCCUAUGAAUGUAAACAGUGUAGUAAAUGCUUUUCCUCUCAUGGUCAACUUCGAAAACAUGAAAGAAUUCAUACUGGAGAGAAACCUUACAAAUGUAAUGAAUGUGGUAAAGCCUUUAUAUGUAAUGCUAGUCUCCGAACACAUAAAGCAACACAUACUGGAGGUAAUUUCUAUGAAUGUAAUCAAUGUGGCAAAGGCUUUGCAUAUCAAAGUUCUUUACAAGCACAUGAAAGAAUACAUACUGGAGAGAAACCCUAUGAAUGUAAGCAAUGUAGUAAAUCCUUUGUCUCUUAUUAUGAAUUUCAAGCACAUGAAAAACUUCAUACUGGAGAGAAACCUUACAAAUGUAAUGAAUGUGGUAAAGCGUUUGCACGACACAGUCAUGUCAAAACGCAUAAAAAAACACAUACUGGAGAGAAACCUUACAAAUGUGAUCAGUGUGGUAAAGUCUUUGGAUAUCAGAGUACUCUUCAAAUACAUAAAAGAAUACAUACUGGAGAGAAGCCCUAUGAAUGUGAUCAAUGUGGCAAAGCCUUUGCAAAUCAAAGUUAUUUCCACAUUCAUAAAAGAAUACAUACUGGAGAGAAACCUUACGAAUGUGUUCAUUGUGGUAAAGCCUUUGUAACUCAGAAUUAUCUUAAGAAACAUGAAAGAAUUCAUACUGGAGAUAAACCUUAUGAAUGUGUUCAUUGUGGUAAAGCCUUUGUAACUCAGAAUUCUCUUAAGAAACAUGAAAGAAUUCAUACUGGAAAUAAACCUUCCUAAUGUAGAGAAUAUUGUAAAGCCUAUUCACCAUCAAGUCACCUCCAAUUACGUUAAAGAGCACAUACUAAAGAAUAACCCUAUGAAUAUAACCAAUGUUGUAUAAAGCCUUUACAGUGAUCUUGAAAGGUGUUGUGGUUUAAAUAUACUUGGCCCACGGCAAGUGGCAGUAUUAGGAAGUAUGUUCUUUCUGGAGUAGAUGUGAUGUUUGAGAAAGUAUGUCACUGUGCUGUUAGACUCUGAGAUCCUAAGCUUAACCUCCACCCAGGGCUGAAGAGUCCUCUGGCCGCCUUCUGAUCAAGAUGUAGAACUCUUGUCUCCUCCAGCACCAUGUCUGCUUGGACAGUGCUGUUUUUUCCGCCUUGAUGAUAUUAGACUGAACUUCUGAAUCUGUAUACUACCCCCAAUUAAAUGUCCUUUAUAAGA